UAGCUGAUCACAUUCCUCCAUAAAUAUAGAAACUGGUUAAUGCGGGGACACUUGGAAGACCGGAAUUUCCAACCGGGAUGUAGCUCUUCCACUAUUAAGGGCCCUGGCAUGCUUGAGGAGGGAGGGACCAAAAUGGAGUGCAGAUCAAGGGCAGAUUUCCUGUUCUGAAAGAGAUGGUAUGUGGGCAGCGACAAGGGAGGAAGCUGAAGUGUUGUGCUUGGGAAGCCUGAAGCUUGUUUACAUGCGCCUGUCUGACUGCAAAAACAGGACUGCUCUACAGUGUGAAAUUUGCACAGGCCUAGGCCACAACUGUACUGGUAAAACAGAGACCUGCCCCCCUGGUCAUGACUUUUGUGGCACCACAUUGUUUGAAAGUAAACAGGAAGAAAUAUUAGUUCAUGGCAUUAUUAAGAACUGCAUUCCAUCCAGUGUGUGUGCAGCUGGUUCUUCUGAUAUAAAUUUGGGCGAAAAAGGAAGAUCAAGGACUCAUGUUUUCUGCUGUCAGGGUGAUACUUGCAAUGCAGCCACUGCUGCCAAAUUUAUGCCAUCAGAAGCCAAACUGAACGGUCUGCAGUGCCCUGCUUGCUAUGCUUCGCUCGAUGAGUCAUGCAAUGAUGCAGACAUAGUCAACUGUGUUGGGUCUGAGUUUCAGUGCAUUGAUUUGGCUGGAUACGUCCAUUAUGAUGAAUCAUCUCAGAGGAUUGCCAUGAAGGGUUGUGCCACUGAGUCCGUUUGCAGCGCUAGCGUUGGAGGGGCAGCAACUUUUGCAGGAGUCAGUUCGGCGAUAACGAAGCUCGAGUGCUCACCAGCCUCCAGCAAAGCUGUCAUAUCUCCUGGACCGUCUGGACUCCUUCUUUCAGCAGUUGUUGGGUUUCUGCUGGUGAAGUUCUGAUCCUUAUCGACGGCCUGGUUUUGCUAAUGCAUCGCG